CAAUCAGGACUCCAAGAACAUUUCUACCUAGAACCUAGUGGGGACACUUGUUGUACCGAAAAAUGAGUCCAGUGAAAUAGAAAUAUUCACAACAUCACAAACACUAAGUUUCUGUCAGUCAUCGGCCUCCCGGAUACUAGGAAUACCGAUGAACAAAAUCAUCGUCAGACAGAAAAGACUUGGUGGAGGAUUUGGAGGACGAGAAUACCGUACGCCGUUAAUGUUUGGUCCAGCGGCAAUAGCAGCUCACAAAUGGGGUAAGCCUGUUCGGACAAUAAUGGAGAGAUCCGUGGAUUUCAAAACUACCGGAAAGCGGCACCAGUUCAUGUCAAAAUUUAAAGCGGGAUUCCGGCGUGACGGGACGCUAGAGGCUGUGUCCAUACACUUUUAUGUCAAUGCUGGGUACACUCUAGAUGUGUCAUCCGUGAUUUUAGACACUGCCUGUUUUAAAGCCGACGCAGCCUACACAAUCCCCGUGUUUUCUGUAUAUGGCCACGUCUGUAAGACGAAUACUCCCUCUAAUACAUCAAUGAGGUCAUUUGGCACAGUAGAGGCUGUCUUCGUUAUGGAAGCCAUCUUGUGUCGUGUAGCAGACACAGCUGGUCUUGACCAGGAAUUGGUCCGGGAACUGAACAUGUACAGGGAAGGCAGCCUUACUCAUUAUAAACGGAAACUGGAAAACUGCAUGUUACAACGUUGCUGGCGGGAUUGUAUGCUACAAAGCCAAUUCGGUGAAAGGAAGAAAACAGUCAGUUUAUACAAUAGACAGAACAGAUACAAAAAGAAAGGUAUUGCAUUGAUGCCUUUGAAAUUCGGUAUCGGGUACCCGGUUCGUUUCCUAAAUCAGGGUUCAGCAUUUUUGAAUAUCUACUUGGAUGGAUCCGUGACACUAGCUCAUGGAGGGGUGGAAAUGGGACAGGGACUCCAUACCAAGAUGAUACAGGUUGCUUCCCGUGCUUUAGGCCUGCCUAUAGACAAAAUCUACAUCAGCGAGACAGCCACCAAUACAUGUCCAAACACCACCUCUACAUCCGCCAGUGUGUCGUCAGAUCUGCAAGGCGCGGCUGUUCUGGAUGCCUGCAGAAAGAUCAAUAAACGGCUACAGCCAUACAAGGAGAAAAAUCCCUCUGGCCAGUGGACAACGUGGAUAAAUUCGGCUUAUAUGGACAGAGUCAGUCUUUCCGCCACUGGAAUCGGCAGGUCAGGGGACCAGCAGUGGGACUAUGUUGAGGGUGUGGGCAAUCCUUGUCACUACUACACCUACGGGGCAGCGUGCACGGAGGUGGAAAUCGACUGUUUGACCGGAGCACAUCAGGUUUUGCGCACCGACAUAGUUAUGGACAUAGGAAACAGUCUUAACCCUGGGAUAGACGUUGGUCAGAUUGAGGGCGGGUUUGUUCAGGGAUACGGAUGGAUUACUAUGGAGGAAGUGAAAAUCUCACCCGAAGGCCAUACGCUAGCUAGCGGGCCAGUAGAUUACAAAAUACCGGGGAUAAGAAACAUCCCACGUCAGAUGAAAGUUUAUAUACUCAAGGACUGUCCUAACGCAGGCACCGUGUAUUCCUCAAAGGGUGUAGGCGAACCGCCCCUAAAUCUGGCGUUAUCAGUUUACAUAGCUCUGAGGGAAGCAAUCCGAUCCUGCCGAAUGGACGUCGGCAUUACCGAUUCAUUCGACCUUAGUAUUCCAUUAACCGCUGAGAACAUCCGAUUAGCAUGUCCGAUUACGAUCCCUUCAGACAAAAGGCAACAUUAGACCCUAAAGUUUUGUGGUUAUCAUGGGCAAGUGUGUGCCCUCAUAAAUACCUAGAUCCCCGGAAGUUUCUUGGUGAUAUUGCAUUCAUCGUCUCCAUCCGGAUUGGAUAGUUUAUACAGUCAAACCUGUAUUAAGCGGCCACCAAAGGGACCGACAAAUAUUGGCUGCUUAAGACAGGUGGGCUGCUUAAACCAGGUUGGCCAGAAACGGCCUGUUGCCCAAUUCUUUUUUUAUGCAGUUUAUUAAAUUGAUGAUAUCAUAAUGCACUUAAUGGUAUUGAUAACAAUGUAUCAUGUACAGUGUAUUUUGAAAUGAAAACCAACAAAGAUAAAAGUUUUGAUGAAUUUGAUAAAAAUACCUGGUCAUGUGAUCAUCGCAGAUGUCUACUUCCGGACACAAUGACCGCUUAAUACAGGACGAUACAACGACUCGGGGCAGAUUUGUGUGGAUGUUGGCCGCGUUAGACAGGUGACCGCUUAUUUAAGGUUCAUUAUAUAGUGUUUUCCAUCGGGAGGACCACAUACUGGCCGCUUAAGGGAGGUGGCUGCUUAUUCAAGGUGGCCGUUAGAACAGGUUUGACUGUAUCUACAUACAGAGUUUAAAGACAUUAUACCAGCAUUAAGUACAAGCAUGUUGUGUUUGGUAAAAAGACUGUUGUGAUACCAAACGAAGUAACAUUCGUACAUUAUAUCGUUAACACACAAUUUGGUUUGUUUAAAGGUUCUGGAAAGCUAUUUGCCAUCAUCUGAAAGUAUGUUUUGACCAUUUGUACAUAUUAAUUUGCUCUCAUGUGCCGUCGUUACAGACGUAUUCUGUUUCGGUGUGUGUUGUUGGAGUGAUACCACGUCGUUACAGAAUUACUGUUUUGGUACGUGUGACUGGAGUGAUACCACGUCGUUAUAGAAUGAUUCUGUUUUGGUACGUGUGACUGGAGUGAUACCACGUCGUUACAGAAUUACUGUUUUGGUACGUGUGACUGGAGUGAUACCACGUCGUUAUAGAAUGAUUCUGUUUUGGUACGUGUGACUGGAGUGAUACCACGUCGUUAUAGAAUGAUUCUGUUUUGGUACGUGUGACUGGAGUGAUACCACGUCGUUAUAGAAUGAUUCUGUUUUGGUACGUGUGACUGGAGUGAUACCACGUCGUUAUAGAAUGAUUCUGUUUUGGUACGUGUGACUGGAGUGAUACCACGUCGUUAUAGAAUGAUUCUGUUUUGGUACGUGUGACUGGAGUGAUACCACGUCGUUAUAGAAUGAUUCUGUUUUGGUACGUGUGACUGGAGUGAUACCACGUCGUUAUAGAAUUAUUCUGUUUUGGUACGUGUGACUGGAGUGAUAUCUAUAUGUUUGUAUUAAGGUCUGUUAUCUGAGAUUAUGAAUAGUUUAUUAUAAUUAUCGUUUCUCUUAUCUACUCAAUACAUGUAUCUCCUUCUGAAUCUCGGAAUACUUCCAAACAAAUAUA